GUACCGGUAGCUUGAAGCUGCAUGGGCCAUGGCGUCAGAGAAUCUGCCCUUCAACUCGAUCAGAGAAAAGUUUCGAAAGCGGAAACUCAGAAAGUGAAGGCGCUCGAAUGCAAGGCGUAUUGUUAGUGGCGGUGGGGAAAUCGUACUGAGCAGCUCUGCGACUAGGGUCGAUUGUCCCAAUCUAAACCUGUUGCAACAGCAGCUGGGGUCGGAACAUGUGCUCAAGAUAGGCGCCGGUAGGCUGCUCAGGUUUUGGCUGCAACGUUAAAGAAAUUAGAAGAAUACAUCAGACCUGCCCUGUCUUAAGUCGAGAUGGCAAUUCCAGCCUCAUACCCGGUUGCUGAUCCUGCACCGGGGUUCUGGAAAGCUGUCGGCAACUUUGAUGUUAAUGACUAUUUGAAGAUGACAGGUCUGACGGCCAUCUCCCUCCCUUUUGGUUAUGCAGCAGGCAACACUCCGGGAGCCAGAAUAGCUGGUCCUUCUAUGUACGUUGCUGGGAUGAUUGGUUUGUUCGGGGGUUUCUGCCUUGCAUACCAAUCAUCAACAGGCAGGUUGAUGGGUUUGAUUCCAAACGAGAAGGAAGCUUCUGUAAAGCGAUGAGACACUUCUUUCUUCUCUUUUUUUCAAGCGAUGAAGUCACUGGUUGUCUCCUGUCCGGCUGCGAGGCUUGGCGUUCUUCCACAUUGGGUGCACUGAUAUCUGGAACACACUUAAACACUGCCUUGUAAGGUUGAGUGAGAUUUUAAUUGGAGAUCUGACAGUCUCACAACGCAUUGGAAGCUGACGCGACCUGGUGAAUCUAGCUCUCUAUAAUUAUUAGAGCGCCCUGCCCGGGCUCAAAUCUGAGCAUCAAACAUCUUCCUCAAGUGACUAGUGUGACCUGGAUGGUCGCACUGCAGUCAGCCCCACUUCGGUGGGAGUUUGAAUCUUAAUAUUUUCAAAGCACCACGUGUGAUCACAGUUGCGACCUUGUGUAAGGCGUACAUGUUGCAAUUGCUCAGCAAAGAGGCUCUAACAUCCAUGGUCGGUCGGUCAAGUCCACUCAAACAUGGUUACUGGUUCUCAUAAUGACUGUCGGUUUAUUUGGUCAACCAAAGCAGAUCCGAG